AUGUCAUUCGACAUCAAUUCAUUGUUGGAACGAAAAGGUAGUGCCACUGGUCAGACGUCAAACAGCUUACUGAAACUUGAAGAUCAACUAACUGUGCCCGAUGAACUGAAUAAACAUCCAGCAUCUGGUCAAUUAUUCUACAACAUUUUAGCAAAUCAACAGCAAACAUUAUCACUACUGGAACUUCAGAUGCUUUUUGGUCUUGCUGCUCGUAAACAUAACUAUAGACGUGCACGAAAAGCUGGAACUGAUCGAAAACCACGUCAGGCAUAUUCAUCACGACAACUGGAAAGACUAGAAACUGAAUUUAAGAAUGACAAAUAUUUGAGUGUUGGUAAACGUGGAGAAUUGGCAAAAUGUUUAAAUCUUACCGAAACGCAAAUUAAAACUUGGUUUCAGAAUCGACGUAGUUUAUAG